AUGGCAGACCAGUCGCCUAACCCGCCGUCGCGGCAACCGCAGCAACAGCAGCCGGCUCAACAGCAGCCGCAACCGCAGCAGAAUUCUCAGCCUCAGCAGCAGGCGCAGCAAACUCCCACCUCCUACCCUUCCCCUCACUCCUACCCGUCGCCGUCCAUGCAACCCUCCUACACCUACCCGCCGCCCCAGGGCGCUCCAGGCAAUGCCGAGCCCUAUCGCGCCUCACCCACCGCGUCGAGCAUGUCGCUGCCGUCGCUGAACCUGCCGCCCAUCCGCGCGCCCAUUGACGGCCAGCAGCCCCAGCAGCAGCCGGGCCAGCCGCCAGCUGGCUCGCUGCCUCCGCCCGUCGCGCCCAUGGCCUACUACCCGCCGCCCGGCCACGCCCCGCCUCAGCACCACCAGAUGCACAUGGCCGCGCCCAUGGGCAUGCCGCCGCAGGGCAUGGGCAUGCGCUACCAGCUGCCGCCGCAGGCCGACCAGAGGAUCAUGUCGGGAGGCCGCCACAAGAAGGAGAUCAAGCGUCGCACCAAGACGGGCUGCCUGACGUGUCGCAAGCGCAGGAUAAAGUGCGACGAGGCGCACCCCACGUGCCGGAACUGCCAGAAGAGCAAGCGCGAGUGUCUGGGCUACGACCCGAUCUUCAAGCAACAGCCCGGCCCCGCUCAGAUACAACCCGCACCCAGCGCAGCUCCGCCCGUCACCUCGACUCCCGCGACCGCUGCUCCUCCGCCCGCUCAGGUCGCCUAUUCCCACGUCCCCCAGGGCUACGCGCCUGCAGCUCCCAACUACGCGCCUGUGCCCGGCCACAGCACGAGCCCGCCCGCACCUGCUCCCGAUCCAUCGUACGAGCUCAGUGCUGCCAUUGACCCGGCGCUCGCUGGCGCUGAUACCUCCGCCCCGAUGUCGAUCGCACCGGUCGCCUACGACCCGUCGACGCGUGUGUAUGUGAGGAAGGAGGACAAAGAAGGUGCGACACCCCCGCCGCCGGAGGGUCAGCCGUUGAAGGCUAAGCGCAUCUACAUCGACGAGCUUUUUGCGCUCCAGAACGUUCCCCCGCACGCCCAGCCGCCGACUCCUGGCCCGAUCAAUCCCAAUGUCGUCGAAGAGAUCAAGAUGCUCUACUCCAGGGACUACGCAAUCAACAUGGAUCGCUGCAUUGAGACGACCUGGUACACGACGAAGGGCUUGAAUCGCCUUUUGAACGAUCCAGCCACGAUGGACCUCUUCGCCUUCUUCGUGUCCCAGAUCCGGGUCAACCAAGACUAUGAGAUGCAGCGGAGAACCACGAGCCUCGAGGCGAAGCUCGUCUGGAAGCUCUUGUGCCUGCCCCGCCAACACGGAGGCGUUGCGAACGGCGCCAACGGCACCAGUGAGCACGAGACCGAUCUGCUGCAGAAGGAAGCUGCACUGCGUGUCGAGGUUCUUGAAGCGCUUCUGACCUACCAGGUCCUGCCAUUCAACCCGCUUGCAGAGCUCAUCUAUGACCCUCAGGUUCCGCAUUUGAAGCAGUAUGAGGUGGAUUUCUGGCGCCACCUGGGCACCUUUGUUACUUUCCGCGAUGCCGACGACGAGUCCAACCGCAACAUCGAGGCUACGUUGAGCGCGUGCCGCAACAUUCUCGGCAUGAUCGAAUGCAGAGAUGUCAUCUACUCGAUGAUGAUUGCGCGCCACUAUGGUGGACGCUUCCCGGAUCUUCCUGACAAUGUCAGCCAGCAGCCGUACCCGCCGGACCAGGAGGACGACCGGUCGAAGAUGGUGGUGGCUAAGAAGUUCCUUGAGGACGAGUCUCAGGGUCGUGGCAUGUCUCAGGUGAUCUUCCGUCUGGCCGGCAUGGCCAUUCGCUCCUGGUCUUUGGGCCAGUAA